AUGGGGAGCGCGGAGGUGCCAGAAGCCUCAGACCGGCUGAAGUACCUCGUCGCUAGGGCAAGCCAGCUGCAGCAAGAUAUUGAGUACCAAAAGCGUUUGGCUCCCUUAGACUUGGAGGAGCAGAACAGUUUCUUGCUGCGGCAGGAACAGCGGCGUUGGCAAGAUGCCCUUAAAACGGCGGAGUGGGAGCCUGCGCAAAGUGAGGAAAAGCAGACAGUCCUCAAAGAGUUUGUGGUGUGUAAUCGAUUGCAAAAGAUCAUGACAGAGGUAACAACUCUCAUCAACCAACAUGCUGAAGGCGAAGCGAGACUGAUUCGGGCUGAGCUUGCCGAACUGCAGCGAGCAGAAGGCCAAGCAGCAAAUCAGCUUCAGGAAGUCGAGCAGCUCCAGGAGGCCAAGCAGAAAUUGCUGAGCCACACAGAGACAGGCCUGCAAAUUGCUGAGCCAGAAAAGGCCGAACCAAACACGGUUGCACCAAAAGCAAAGGGUGCCAAGGGAGCCAAAGGCAAGGGAGGAGGAAAAGGCAAGGGCCCGCCGCUGCCCUCGAUUAUGCCCAAGGCCAAGCCUAAGGCGAAGUGCCAGGCAGAAAACAAAAAGAAAAACAACUUGGUCACACUUUACUGGAGAGCCUUGCCGGCCAACGCUGAGAAGAUGAACGCAGGUAGCAGCGCGCUACUGAAGCAAUGUGCAGAGAUGCUUGCAGCUGCCUCGGGUUCACCAGAGAUAACCUAUCCGGACCAAGAGCAGCAGCUCGGAGCCGUGUACGAGCAACCAGAAGCUCCAGAAAGUGAAGAUCUCCCAGAUUCGAUGAUCGAGAUCUACUUCCAAAGACGUGAAGCUGCUGUGCAAUUAGACUCGGGCAAGUCAGACAAGAUCAGCAUUCUGGAUGAAAAGCAGCGACGGAUGCUGGGCAUCUUGAUGAGCAAGUAUCGGAUGAAGAACAGAGACGAAAGCGAUCGCCAAAUUGUUGCCAUAAUGAAGCAGUCUGUAUUGAGCUGCAAUUACGAGGUGCUCAGGGAGGAGGGCCUGUGCAUGCUUCGCAAAGUCAUACGUGACCAAGCAGUCACCGGGAACAAGAUUCGAGAUUUUGUGCAGACCAACGGAGAGGCUGCGCUGAAGAAACUCAGGGAUCCAUGGCUGCACCGCCUCAUCCACGAAGUCCUCAAGGUACCCCAGGUGGAGGAACGUUUGGAGUGCAUGCUGUUUCAGCUCGCUUUUGAGGAUGGCUUCGCGAAAUGUGUCGCGGACCUGGAAGUUCUUUGCAAGGCUCUGCAAGUUUUGAGCGCAAAGAAGAUGGAGCUCCGCCAGUUCUUUUCGAUGGCUCACCGCUUUGGGACCAUCCUGAACAGCAAUUGCCUGGCACCUCAAGCCCCUCACGGUUUCAGCCUCUCCUCACUCGACAAGCUAGUGCAGACCAAGUCAACAGCUUCUCCGAAGCACAACAUGCUGCACUUCAUCCUUGCGAUGAUGCCACCUGGGACUGCCUCUGAGCUCUUCUCUGACGAGGAUCUGAAGCAGCUUGCAAAAGCGAAGGUGAUGAAGAGUUUCACGGUCUACCAGGACUGCACCGAGCUGACACAAGGGUUCCAGGCCAUCCGUGAGAUUUGCGAGACAGGCAAGUAUCAAAAUGCCUUGACUGGAGAGAAGGUGAAGAUGGAGCGGAGGAGAAUGACGAAAGUGUCCAGGGAUGAGGUUCUGGAUGAGGAGCCAAUCGAUGCCAACGACACAUUUCACACUGCCAUGAAGGCCUUCGUUGAGAAGUAUGAUCGUAAAGUUUCUGAUGUGGAGAAGGGCUGCUACUGUUCCUUCAUCAUGUACAAGGAGCAGGCUUUGUUUCUUGGCGAUCUCAGCGUCUGCUGGCCUCCGCCAAAGGAGGAUCAGGACGAGAAGGUGGAUCUCUUGGCAGUCAUGCACAAGCUUGCAGUGCAAGUGCGGAAACAUGCCGCGGACGUGGAGCAGGAUGGGUUGCGUGACAGCUUGGCGGCAACCCGCGGGGGUGGCUGA